UAGGAUGGCAUGGCAAUGUGGAGAAACAGAAUCGUGAAAUGGGUGUGGCACCAGUGGUUGAAGGAGGAAUGAGCAGAUGAAGAGCUAUGCUACAAGUAUAGAAAUUAUUCAUAGAAUGAAUUACAUACAAGAUGCAAGAGGAUGAGAUUCACAGAUAGAUCUCAUAUAUGGAACUUAUUCUCUUAUAUCUUGUAUGUUUAUCGCUCUAAUAAUUUGUAUACAGAUACUUUUACUGGCACAUAAAAGAGAGAAUAAAUCAAUCUUGGAUUGUUGAGCUGUGUCAAGCUGUGAAUUAUUAAAAGCAUAGACCUAUCCACACUUUUUUUUUGUUUGCAUACUCUGUAAUGUGUUGGAUUGUUGUUAUAGUUACAUUGUGACUAAUAAAUAAUUAAUCUUUGUUUUAAGCUUCA